ACAAGUUGUAGGCAUACUUCAGAAUGCGGGCUUUGUUCGCAUUCAACAUAGUAUAUUUCGCCACGGGGGUGGUUGUCAUCUUCAGCAUGCAAUAAAUGCUGUAGUUCAGAUCAGGCACUUACCGUGGGCAGGUGGUACCUCUCCAAAUGGGGACCCUCAUAUAAGAAGCCUUCGACUUUCAAUACAGAUCAUGCCAUACAUGGAUUUGACGAAUUAUGUUCGUGGAGGUCCCCAACCCAAUUUUCCAUUCUUUUAA